UGGCAACCUAUCAGUAUGUUGCCUCUGGCCCCGCUGCCCCCAGUAUCUGUCUCGUUCCCUCCACAGGUGGUUUCCACAGCGCAGGGUUUGAUCACAGGUAGUCUGAGAGAUCCUACCUGUCUUGGCUGUGCCAGCACCGUGGGGCUGAUAAGCCACCUGAAUGUACCGUUUCGCUGCUGCACUCCUGUCCACCCCCUGCACCUUUCCUUCAGAGCCGAUCCCCGUGGCUGUUGGACUCUGAGGCCCGAGCGCGUGUGCUCAGUGGCCAGAGUGCCGUGGGCCCCCACCUCUGCCAGUCUGGUUGUCCCAGGGCCACCGUUCCUUCCCUUGCGCUGCUGGCACUCGUCGCCCCCACUGGGCGAUGACUCCGUGGUGGAGAAGUCGCUCAAGUCCUUAAAGGACAAGAACAAGAAGCUGGAGGAGGGAGGCCCUGUGUACAGCCCCCCACCGGAGGUGGCCGUGAAGAAGUCCCUGGGGCAGAGGGUCCUGGACGAGCUGAAGCACUACUACCACGGCUUCCGCCUGCUCUGGAUUGACACCAAGAUCGCCGCGCGCACGCUCUGGCGCAUCCUCCAUGGCCACAGCCUGACCCGCAGAGAGCGCAGGCAGUUUCUCCGGAUAUGCGCUGACCUCUUUCGCCUGGUCCCCUUCCUGGUCUUUGUGGUGGUGCCAUUCAUGGAGUUCCUGCUUCCUGUCGCUGUGAAGCUCUUCCCCAAUAUGUUGCCGUCCACGUUCGAAACCCAGUCCAUCAAGGAGGAGAGGCUGAAGAAGGAGCUGCGGGUCAAGCUGGAGCUGGCCAAGUUCCUCCAGGACACCAUUGAGGAGAUGGCCCUGAAGAACAAGGCAGCCAAAGGCAACGCCACCAAAGACUUCUCCGUGUUUUUCCAGAAGAUCCGAGAGACAGGCGAGAGACCCAGCAAUGAGGAGAUCCUGCGUUUCUCCAAGCUGUUUGAGGAUGAGCUGACCCUGGAUAACCUGACGCGGCCGCAGCUGGUGGCCCUGUGCAAGCUGCUGGAGCUGCAGUCCAUCGGCACCAACAACUUCCUGCGCUUCCAGCUCACCAUGCGGCUGCGGUCCAUCAAGGCCGACGACAAGCUGAUCGCUGAGGAAGGGGUGGACAGCCUGAAUGUCAAGGAAUUGCAGUCGGCGUGUCGGGCGCGAGGCAUGCGGGCCCUCGGCGUCACGGAGGAUCGUCUGAAGGACCAGCUGAAGCAGUGGUUGGAGCUGCACUUGCAUCAGGAGAUCCCAACGUCCCUGCUCAUCCUGUCCCGGGCCAUGUACCUCCCAGACACGCUCUCACCCGCCGACCAGCUCAAGUCAACACUGCAGACACUCCCAGAGAUCGUGGCGAAGGAAGCCCAGGUGAAAGUGGCGGAAGUGGAGGGCGAGCAGGUGGACAACAAGGCGAAGCUGGAGGCCACGUUGCAGGAGGAGGCGGCCAUCCAGCGGGAGCACUGGGAGAAGGAGCUGCAGCGGCUCUCCGAGGCAGCGAAGGAAGUGGAGCCAGGAGUGGCGGCAGAGGCUGCCCCUGGGAGGCCUGCGGCCGAGCUGCAGCCGGAAGUGCCUGAGGUGACCCUGCCGUCAGAGGCCCUGAAGGACGCGGCCCCUGUGCUGGAAGGCUUGAAGGAAGAGGAAAUAACGAAAGAGGAAAUCGACAUACUCAGCAACGCCUGCUCGAAGCUGAAAGAGCAGAAGUCGUCCCUGACGAAGGAGAAGGAGGAGCUGGAGCUGCUCAAGGAGGAUGUGCAGGACUAUAGCGAGGACUUGCAGGAGAUCAAGAAGGAGCUUUCCAAGACCGGCGAGGAGAUGUACGUGGAGGAGUCCAAAGCCAGCAAGAGGCUGACCAAGAGGGUGCAGCAGAUGAUAGGGCAGAUGGACAGCCUGCUCUCGCAGCUGGAGACGGACCAGAAGGCCAGCAGGCUGGGCCCCGCUGCCGAGCAGCCGCCUGCGGGGGAGACUGUCAUCAGCGUCACCGAGCUCAUCAGUGCCAUGAAGCAGAUCAAGCACAUUCCAGAAAAUAAGCUCAUCAGUCUGGCCUCUGCACUGGAUGAAAAUAAGGACGGCAAGGUCAACAUCGAUGACCUCGUCAAGGUGAUCGAGCUGGUGGACAAAGAAGACAUCCACAUCUCCACUAGCCAGGUGGCCGAGAUUGUGGCCAUGUUGGAAAAGGAGGAGAAGGUGGAGGAGAAGGAGAAGGCUAAGGAGAAGGCUGAGAAGGAGGCUGCUGAAGUGAAGAAUUAGGGUCCGCCCUGCUCGCGGGCACCUUGGGGCCCCUCCCACAUCGGCCUCUGCCCCGUCGCGCCUGCUGCCGGGCCCUGCUGUGCUAGUGAUGGCUUUGAGGUGAUUCUUAGUGACAAGUCUAAUAUUUUGUCUGGAAUAAAUCAGAAACUUCCAUAAUCAAGUAAUUUUUAAUUUUCAUCAUUCCAUGAAGAUUCAUUCAGUCUGGAAUCCCCAAACCCUUCCAGGGAAUCAUGUCUGGAUUCACACAUUGGCACAGUGCUGCCGUGGCCCCAGCCAUGGCGGCCACAUGUGCUCCCGCCAACGGCCAGGGAGUUGUGGCUGCACACGGGCCUCCUGGCUCCAGAGGUGGGCCCAGGCCAGACCAGGGCAGCAAGGUGCCUCCCUCCCUGAGUGUGCCGCACCCUGCUGGCGCCUGCCCCAGGAGGUGGAAGGACCGGCCGUGUGGACUCCCCAUGCCCGUGGAGCCUGAGGCAUGCAGAUGGAAUUAGAGAAACACCAGCCGUCCUUGGCUCUGGAAAGGACAUGGCCGUUAGUCUGCGGACUUGGAUUCUGCCCGUCAGGCUAAAUAGCACCGAUUCACGCACAUUUCCAAAGUCGUCUCUGGAACGACUGGGAUCCCGUGGCCUCUGGAAAACCACAGCUCUCCGACGGGAACGUGGUGCCUUGUGCAAGUCUCCUGUCGUGUGCGUCAGCUCUUGCUUGGUUUAACCUUUGACAUUCCCCUAACCCUUUAACCAGUUAAAUAGUACAGAAUUUCCACACACCACUGCGUGUCUGACUUGUAAUAGUUGACAAGAGUUAUGCCGGGAGAGAUGCUAAUUAAGCCUUUCCAUUAGACUAACUGAUGAUGCUGUUGUGGCUUUUAGAAAGGUUUUCACUUUGGAUUGUCAGCACCCCGUCGCCCCAGCAGGUGAUGGGAGCGGAUCGUGCUGUGUGUCCAGGGGCGGUGCGGGGCGCUCUGAGCGCAAAUACCCUGCCAUAGCGUCACUCCCAGCUCCUCCGGACCAGCGGGCCGGUGCCUGCACUCCUGGUCCUGUGGUGGGGCGUCCCGAGGGGCCUUCAGAAAGGUGGCACCGUGGCGGGGGCCAGCCCAGCACACAGGCUUCAGACGCGUCGGGUUCGCCUGGCACACCCUGGGGUGGAGUGGGACGGCCUCCAUGGGCUUGGCGUCCGGCCGCUUAAGCACCUGGCAGCUCAGGAAAGGGGUGCUCUGGGAGGGGGGCACUGUGGUCCCAGCUCCGUCGGACUCGUCCUUCAAAGGCUGGGUCUGUUACGGGCAAAAACAUUCUCUUGGGGAAAUGCAGGCAUAGGCUUGGAAGACCAGGGAACAGAGUGGCCAGGUGAGCCAGGAGAGGAGGACAAGGGCCCAGAAAGGAUGGCUUUUAAAUUACUUGAAACUUUUUACUCAGCCGUUAAAGAGGAAACUUGAGAAAAUAGGAAUAAGAUUGUGUAUUCUCAAAUGUAAACCUUUGUAAAGUAACAGUUGGGUUCUAAAGGGUUUUUAUUUCAAUUACUUGAGAAAGACGUAUAUAUAUUCUAGAUGCUGAAUUAAAAUAUUUAUGAAUCACCCUAACUGACUUCCGUGGCGCGGUGUUUAGCUGAGGAAGUGUGUGUGUUUGUCAGCUUUGGGCUGCCCGUGAGCCCCGCGGGCGGUCGUUGUCUUUCUAGUGAGCAGUGCUCGGCUGUGCCCAAAUCCUGUCUUCACCUCACCCCCUGGCCAGUGCCCUGGGCAUCCCCACGAUGCGGUCACUGCCACGGCCAGGUGCUCCCGCUCCACCCCCUGCUCCGGACCCCCCCCACCACCACUUGCCCAUGUCCUGCAGGAGAGACACGCUUGUCGAGCGCACGUGGGACCUUCGGAGUCUGUCACGGCGGCGGCGGUGCUGCUGCAGCCCUCCCCCCUCAGCGGCAUGUGGGACGUUCCUGUCCUGAGCUGUUCAUUGCCGCCGAGAGUCGUGUCCAGGUGCGGGCACAACCAGCCAUAGGUCUGGAAGCUCGAGUUCUGUGCGCCGAGGUUUGCAGAGGCGGCUGCCCCCGGCCUUCCGCACUGCAGGAGGAGGAAGGAGCCUGCGACGUCCACACCUGCCUGAAAAGGAAACAGGAAUUCUUAGCACGCGCUUCAUUCCUCACUCUGCGUUUUAAACACCUGCUCUUUUACUUGGGAUUUGGGAAAACAGUGUGUGGCUUCUAGACCCCUUGGGAAUACCAAAAUCCAGACUUCUUAAAAAUGAAGGGCGCCUCGUAAUUUUUGAACAAUAACCUCCAGGCAGUGGUUCUCACAGUGGGGCCCUGGGCCGGCUCCCCCUGAGAACCGUGCCCCCCUCCGGCUGUGUAUAAAUGUCUUUUUUUAGGAAUAGUGUUUUUAUUAAAAUGCCAAAUUAAUGUUCCUAUAAUAGCUCUCCGUAAGAUUUUUGAACCAUGUGACGCAUCAGAAUCAAGGUGGAAGCCGUCAAAGUUGUUGGAGUGUCUGCCUUUGUGACCGCUUUGUGCUUCGGGCUCUCUUCCACCUUAGUGGAAGAAGGGGGUGGCACGUGGACCGUGGGUGGGGCUGUGCUCUCAUGAGGCCUGGUUCCAGAUGGAUGUCCACCUUGCGGAGGUCAAGCCCGGGUGGUCUCGGGUGCGCGCUGGCUUCACGUCCCAUCAGACUGUGCCCCCAGACUGACCCCUGUGCUGCUGGCUAGGUGCUCGGUGUGAUGUACGGAGAAGGGUUAAUAAAGCACUGUCGUGAUGACCUGUCCACCGUGCGGU